AUGGAGGAAAAGGAGCAAUUACGGCGACAGAUCCGUCUCCUGCAGGGUCUGAUUGAUGACUACAAAACCCUUCACGGCAAUGCUCCUGCCCCGUGCACCUCAGCUGCUUCCCGCUGGCAGCCGCCUGCCUACCACAGCAGCAGGUCCUUUGGUACCCGCCACCCCCGUUCAGGCCGCAGAGGCUUCACCCCGCACCAAGGGCCUGCGUGGCGGAAGAAGUACUCCCUGGUGAAUCAGCCUCCAGAACCCGCGGACCCACCUGGUGACCAGCCCUCGCAGCCUGCCCUUGGGGCCGGGGCCAGCCUGGGGCCUGACCCCCAGCCCUAUGUCCUUGAGAGGCAAGUGCAGCUCAGCCCGGAUCAGAACAUGGUCAUCAAAAUUAAGCCACCACCGUCACAGCCGGGCUCAGCCAGUGCCUUCGGGGCCCAGCCUUCGGAGGCGCAUGAGGGUGCUCACUGGGGUGACCAGCGAGCCCAGGAAGGCAAAGGUGAACCUCUGGGCAGGGAGCUGCAGCCUUUGACACCAGGCAGAGUCAGGGAACGCUGUGGUGGGGAGGACCCCCUGCUGGUCUGCCAGAAGGAGCCAGGCAAGCCCCGGGUGGUGAGGUCCGUGAGCAAUGUGAGUGGGAGCCCCCCCGGGCCACAGCGGACGGUCAGCGAGGGUGCUGUCGUGGUCAAGGCACGAGGCCCAGCUGGCCUACCCCAGCGCAGCAGUGGGACCCUGGGCCGGAAGGUGGGUCUGCACUCCACAGCCAGCCGUGCCUCUCAGCUUCUUGGGGACAGGAAGGCGGAUGCUGGCCGCUCAGAUCAGCCAGCCCCCUUAGGCUUGGCGGCAGGCCCAACUCGAGCAACUACAGGGCCCAGGCAGGUCCGGGAGGCCUCACUGCUAGUGUCCUUUCGAACCAACAAGUUCCGGAAGAACAACUACAAAUGGGUGGCUGCCUCGGCCAAGAGCCCCCGGGCUGCCCGGAGAGCCCUCAGCCCCAGGACGGCUGUGGAGAGUGCGGGCAAGGCUCCUGGCAUGGUAGGGAAGCAACAGGUUCAAGUUGACCCAGGUGGCAAGGCCAGGAAGGGUGCUGGGCCGCCCAAGCCUGGGGCAUCUCCGAGCAAGUACAAGUGGAAGGCCUCCAGCCCGUCGGCUUCCUCCUCCUCCUCCCACUGGCAGCCAGAGGUUGGCCCCAGGGACCACCCCACUCCACUCUCCCCAGUCUUGUCACAGUCACUGCCUGAGGACAGACCGGCAACGGGGCCCAGCGGCUCGAAGCUCCUUUUCGCGGAGACCCCACUUUCAGGGUAUAAGGUGAAGAGCCGCACCAAGAUCAUCCGGCGCCGGGGCAGUGCCAGUCUGCCUGUGGACAAGAAGGCCGGCCCCCCUGCCACCACUGCUAAGAACCACUUCAGCUUGCGGCGGAGACAGGCCCUGAGGGGGAAGGGCAGCCCUGUUCUGAAGAAGACCCCUAACAAGGGCCUGCUGCAGGUCACCAGGCACAGGCUGUGCCACUUGCCACCGGGCCGGACCCAGCUCCUUUCACAGGAAGUGAGCAGCCUGCAUUCCCUGCGCACGCCUCCCUCUGGCAGAGUGAUCAAGACACGCUACCGCAUCAUCAAGAAGGGUUUGGCCUCUUCACUAAGCUCUUCGCCCUUCCACCUGGCUCUGCCCACCUGGCGUGCCCGGCGGCUCUCACUGCCCAGGCCCCUGGUGUUGAAUCGCCAGUGCCCGGCCCCCACGGGGGCAGAGAAAGCCCCGCCACGCACCCCUCGGUGGCGGAACAAGGGCUACCGCUGCAUUGGAGGGACCCUCUACAGGGUAUCGGCCACCAAGCUGUCCAAGACCUCCAGCCGGGCCAGCGACGCGGGCAGCAGGCCGCCGCUCCGCACAGGCCGCUUGGACCCAGCCAGCAGCUGCAGCCGGUCCCUGGCCAGCCGGGCUGUGCAGCGCAGCCUGGCCAUCAUCCGACAGGCCAGGCAGAAGAGGAAGGGCAAGAGGGACGAGUACUGCAUGUACUACACACGCUUCGGCCGCUGCAACCGUGGCGAGCACUGCCCCUACAUCCACGACCCCGAGAAGGUGGCCGUGUGCACCAGGUUCCUGCGGGGCACCUGCAAGAAGACAGAUGGGACCUGCCCAUUCUCCCACCACGUCUCCAAGGACAAGAUGCCCGUGUGCUCCUACUUCCUGAAGGGGAUCUGCAGCAACAGCAGCUGUCCCUACAGCCACGUCUACGUGUCCCGCAAAGCAGAGGUCUGCAAAGACUUCCUCAAAGGUUACUGCCCGCUGGGUGCCAAGUGCAAGAGGAAACACUCGCUGCUGUGCCCCGACUUCUCCCGCCGGGGCGUCUGCCCCCUCGGUGCCCGCUGCCAGCUGCUGCAUCGCAGUCAGAAGCGACCUGGCAGGCGGGCCCCCUUGGCCCCCACGCCCAGCGAUGCCUGCCCCAGGAGCAGGGGCCCUGCCGGCCAUGGGCCCAGGAAGUCACCAGCCACCCAUCGGCCCACCAGGCCGACACCUGGCUGCCCCCGCUCCACCGUGACCACCCCAGAUCCCCCCAGUUCCUCCCGGGCAGGCUUGGGCUCCCCCUCCGCCUCCCCCUCCGCCUCCCGGUCCCCAUCCCCCUCGGCCUCCCCGGACCCUGAGGCGGCCUCUGUCCAGGAGACGGCGUCAGCCGAGAUGGGCUCCAGGCUGCCCUCGUUCAUCUCCCUGUGCACUUCGCGCAGCCCAGCCCGCCGGCCGAGCGCCCCCGUCCACGGGAGCCCCUGCAUCAAGGACUCAGGUGUGGCCAGGGCUGCAGGACCUCAGCUGCCAGCGGCCACCCCUCCAGUCCGGCUCUGGGCCAGUGUCGUGGGCUACCGUGUGGGAUGGUCUGCUGUAGGCCUUUGGCAGCAGUCCUGGCUGGACCAGGCCCUGAGCCAGCAUCUGACCGCUGCCUCCUGGCCCAGGGAAGCCGCUGCACAUCAAGCCGCGCCUGUGAGGCCUGGGACCAGCCACCGCCUCAGCGUCAUCCCAGAUGGACGCCAGUUCCACACACACUGCUGGGAGGGUGCGCACUGA